CAUCCAAUCAUCUAUUAUUUUUUUCUUGACCAACAUAAAUUCCUCUUAAUCAACUCCUCCAAAGUCUGUCCCGACCACAGUAUGAUGGGUUUCUCCAAAGCAUCUUCCCGCCUUGUACCAGUUCUGUUUGUAGCUUUGACAGCAUUGAUGUUGCCUGUUUAUGGCCAGAUCAAUACUCCAUGCAAUCCAUCGAUGCUCAGUACCUUCACCCCUUGUAUGAAUUUCCUUAGGAAUAGCACUGCCAAUGGUACUUCACCAACUGCAGAUUGUUGCCAAUCUCUUAAGACCCUCACAAGUGGUGGCAUGGGCUGUUUCUGCCUCAUUGUGACCGGAGGUGUCCCUUUCCAGAUACCAAUCAACCAAACUCUAGCUAUCUCUCUUCCCCGGGCUUGUAACAUGCCUAGUGUCCCCGUCCAAUGCAAAGCUACCUCUGGUGUACCUGUUCCUGCUCCAGGUCCGAUCGCACUCUCACCCACCUUGUCUCCUGGAGCUUCACCAACUCUAAGCCCAAAGGGUUCCUUUGUGCCUGAACCAUCACCGUCCGCUGAGGCACCAGAAUCCGACACCACACCGGCUCUAACUCCGCCAUCUUCAACAGUGGGUUCUGAGGCCCCAACAGCCACUACAGGGAGCCGCCCUGUUCUUACCCCGUCAUCUGCCAACCCCGCUUACUCUUUUUCACCAUUCCUUGUGGUGUUCACAUUAGCAUUUGUGAUUUUCAAGAGCUUCUAGGCGGCGAUAUCUCCUAUUUCUACGUAUUAAUCCAUUUGUUUGAGAAGUUUAUUCUUUUAGGGGUGUGAGUGACACAAUUGUUUUGAGAGCUAUAUUGGGUGAUUGUUCCUAAAUAAAAUGAUAUUAGUGUAAGUUUUACUGAAUAAGUAAAUUAGAAGAUUUGUUUAUUUCUCU